GUGCGUGCUUGUUGCCAUGGGCACCCAGAGCGAGAGCCAAUCGCAGGCGUUCGCUGUGUCCUUAUUAAUAUUAAUAAGACGCAGCGGCGUGACCGGAGAUACUCCACUGCGCAUGCCCAGCCCCGAGCCACUGCUGCUUCCAACAACAAGCGGUAGUAAGCAAUAUGGCCGACCUAGGGAAGAAGUACUGCGUGAACUGCUUGGCAGAUGUUACGAAUUUGCGGAUUCGCUGUGCCGAAUGCCAGGAUAUUGAACUUUGUCCGGAGUGCUUCUCCGCAGGUGCCGAAAUCGGUAACCACAGGCGAUGGCAUGGCUAUCAGCAAGUUGACGGCGGGCGCUUCUCGCUCUGGGGUCCCGAUGCAGAGGGAGGAUGGACUAGCAGGGAAGAGCAGUCGCUGCUCGAUGCCAUCGAGCAAUAUGGAUUUGGUAACUGGGAGGAUAUGGCAGCCCAUGUGGGUGCAUCACGCACCCCUCAGGAGGGCAUGGACCAUUAUGUGAGCAUGUAUAUCCAUGGGAAUCUGGGUAAAGCCUGCAUCCCUGACAGCAUCCCCAACCGCGUGACAGACCACACUUGUCCCAGCGGAGGUCCGCUGUCUCCUAGUUUGACUACCCCGUUGCCCCCAUUAGACAUAUCUGUGGCAGAGCAGCAGCAGCUGGGAUAUAUGCCGCUUCGUGACGACUACGAGAUCGAAUAUGACCAUGAGGCAGAGAAACUCAUCAGUGGCCUGUCUGUAAACUACGAUGAUGAAGAUAUCGAGAUCGAGAUGAAACGAGCCCAUGUGGACAUGUACGUGCGUAAGCUGCGUGAGCGCCAGCGACGCAAAAACAUAGCUCGUGAUUACAAUUUAGUGCCAGCCUUUCAGGGACGGGACAAAAAGGAUAAAGAGCGAGAACGACCAGGUGGGACAGGGGGGGUUGGAGGCGUAGGUGGAGCUGUAGGAUUGGGAGGUGGCACCACCAUCAUUCCGACAGGGUCGCUGGGCUCCUCUUCAGCAGCAACACCGAAACGCAAAAUCACCAAGGAAGAGAAAGAGCAACGGACGAAACUACGUGCCCUUUGCCAGUUCAUGCCACAACGUGAGUUUGAAGAAUUCUUCGAUAACAUGCACAAAGAGCGCAUGCUGCGGGCGAAAGUUCGGGAGCUUCAGCGUUAUCGGCGGAAUGGCAUCACGAGACUCGACGAGUCGGCCGAGUAUGAGGCGGCACGUCACAAACGAGAAAAACGGAAAGAAAAUAAAAGUAUUGCUGGUUCAAAGAGAGGUAGCAGCGGCGGAGGAGGAGCGGCCGGGCUUGGAGGAGGAGUUGGAGCAGGAGGUGGGCUUGGCGGAGGUGGAGGCGUCAGUGCCAUCAAGGAGGAGGGGAAGGACAGUGAGUUCUCAGCCAUCGAGAACCUGUCUGGCUUUGAGCUGCUGUCCGAUCGGGAGAAGGUACUGUGUAACUCUAUGAACCUAAGUCCCACACGCUAUCUGACUGUCAAGACUAUCAUCAUCAAAGAUCACUUACAGAAAAGGCAAGGCAUUCCCUCGAAAAGCCGCCUACCCAGCUACCUGGACAAGGUGCUGAAAAAAAGGAUUCUGAAUUUCCUGUCAGAGAGCGGCUGGAUAUCCCGAGAAGCCUCCUAGCGGCACUGUCCAAAGAUUUGGCUGUAAGAAUAAUAGCUGUAAAUAUAUUUUUCUACUGUUUUAUAUUGCAUCUCAGAAAAGCCUGUGAGAACUAAAUGACUGUAGGUGCCACACUACUGGUUGUGGACCUUCAGUGAGUCUAACAUGUCUGUCUUUGAUCUCAGAUCUCCUCAUCGAAACAUAAACAUGGUUAUAGUACAUAAUCAGUAUCCAUAGGGAACUUUCCAGCAAGUUGUCCUGUGUAAUACAUCAGAAUAACCACACAAAAACCCAUUGCCCCACGUUAAAAUGCCUCCGUUUUGAAUGUGAUUUGGAGUGGUGUUGAAUGUUCCCUGCCAAUAGAGUAUAAACAGAAUGUUUAUUGUUGUACAAAGCAGAUUUUUAAAAUUGGUUCUGAGUUUCUUUUUUUUUUUGUAAUAAGGAAAUUAGGUCAGAUCCUUGUUCUGCUUGCCAAAAGUCUAAACUUCCUGUGUUCUAACCUGAAUUUGCCUGUUUCAGUUGGAUGUAUUUUGUUGUGUCAAUUGUGGGAAUGUGAGUCACACGAAGCAUGCUCCAUACUAUCUAAAUGUCUAAAAGUUCAUGUUUGAUUAUUAUUAUUUUUUGGAGUUGAUCUUUGCGAGGUUAUGUUACUAUUGAGCAUGUUUCAGAGGCUCAAGUUAAAUGGCACACAUCCAGGCCCUGAUCACCAAUGGAGAACAUUUACCACGAUGCUCCUGUUUCAAGAGAGUAUUAUUCUGUUUGUUGGGUAAAGUGAAAUAAAGCAUCAAGGGUUCUCAUCUCAACAUGUACACGAUUUAUAAGCUGAGACUGUAUGUUACAACUACAUACUAAAUUUUUUAAAAUUUUCAAAUGCCUUGACAAAAUCUUCAUGCAAUGCCAAAUCUUAGAUAAACAUAUUUUCCCAUGAUUUUUAAUGUUAUUGUUGACUGCUUGUGUCUACCCCAAAGCUGUAGAAAACUAAGAAAAGCACUGUUCACAGAGGCCAAUG